AGCGCCCUCCCCAGUGUCGAGAGCUCCUUCAUCUUCUCCUCCCUCCGUAAUGGACCUGUGCGCCGUCAUCGCGCACCUGCUCGACCUCGUGCUCUUCUGCCUCCUCUCCUAUGCCGCGUCUCGAUCUCCACUACGCACCGUGUUCGGCCUUAUAUGUUGCGCGAUCGUAGCCGUCGUCUUCGUCGUGCUCGCCAAGCAGCGUUCGUCACGGCACGCACGGAGUACCGCUACGAUAUCUACCUCUGCGCCCACGCGUCCGCGGGUGAACAUCAGUAAUACACGACGAUCCUCCAUGCCAUCCAUCCUGAAACGCCUCGAGCUCCCUCCACGGACGGUGCUCUACGACUACCUUGGCCUCGUAGCGGACACAAAGACCACACCGCGCACCGCACGGGCGAAAUCAGACCCGGACGUGAUCCUUAGGCGUCGGCCCAGUCGCGCGGCCUUCUCGUCAUGUUGAACGAACCCCGUCACGAACUUGCCACAUCUCUUAUCUCACGUUACUUAUCCUAUUCUAAUCGCCAUAUUGUAUCAAUAGAAGGUGUACGCGAAUGCCGUGAGGGGCGCGGCGCUCUUUCUCUUGGGAUGUUAUGAUUGUAUGAUAAUCGGGACAUUGGUCGUUUCGCAGUCGCUACUGCUCGGACGUGAGGCUGCUCAAUGCGUAUUUAUCGGCAGAGAGAGAGGGCUGCAGCAAAAGAGAAUUUGAGCAAAGCCGAUCUUCCUUAUCUUAUCAUCUUACGCGCUCGAGAUCUCGCGCUUCGCCUGUGACCUUCACCACCUUCAGUUCCACUUUCAUAUCCGCACCGCUCAUACACUGCCGACUACACGAACCAUCUCAUGGCCUCACGAGCCCCGCAAGUAACGCUCGAGCAAGCGCAAAAGAUCGUCGACCACCACCGAGGCGAGCACACACCUAUCACCUCGUUCGAAGAGGUCACAGAGCUCGGCGACAUCACGUACGUAUUACAUCCUCCGCCAACCUCUCCGGACUCCCUAGCAC